AUGCCAGAUUUCGCCCGUCCUUUCGCCCUCGUGUACCCUCUCGCAAAUUGCCUUCACUAUCCCACCUUCGCUCCUCGAGCCUCUUCGAGUGCGACAUCGAUUGGUCUGGGCGCUACCACUUUGCGAAACUUGCGCAAACUCUGCUGCUAUCCUGAUCCGUCGGGAUACCUCUCUUCCCAGGGCCCUUUUGUUCCUGCUGCUGCAGAGCUCUAUCAAGGCCUUGGUAGACUUUGGAAGAACGUGGGCGAUCUUGGUUUUUUAAAGGAUCGCCGACGUAUCCUCUCUGACCCGUCCAGCUCGUCCAAUAUGACCGCUUCUCAGCUUGAGCCGGUCCGGGUUCACCCCCGUCGUCGUCCUGUCUUAAACUCGACUCUUCCCACAUUGGACACCGAAGAUGUUUCGUCUAAGAUGUGUUUGAAGAAGGGAGAAACUUUCAACACUCCUACUUCUCCCCCUUCUGCUGAGCGUGACCCUAUUCUGAACAUCCGUUCCCUGCCUCGUCGCUCGCCUACCUCGCUUGACGGUAUCGCAGCCAGCGAGCAGCGCAUGGCCUCUAUCUUGGAACGUCUGACUUUGGAAGACGGCGCCGACGAUUCAAAUGCCAGCCAGGACGACUUCUCCCAGAAGAAGUCUGAACAGCCUGUGCAUUCCCAUGAAUCUGAUAGCGGUUUGGGCUCAUCUGUUAGUAGUGCCGAGUCCGUUGACGGCAAAGUGACUGUGGAUGCCGACGGUUCUCAAUCGGCUAUAACCGGUCCGAUUCCCGCCGCCAAGGACUCUUCGCGGCCGCAACUUGGACUUGCGGCCUGCAAACAAAUUGAGCGCUUUAUUUUGGUGCCAUUACUGAAGGAACCUAAGUUGAAGCCUUUCCACCCACUAGUCCAGAGUGUUCCAGCUCGGAUUGUGAACAAACAAAUCACAUGCCUCAGGGACCUUGAAAAGACUCUUUUGUGGCUGGCGCCGAAGCUUUCAACCUUACGAUCCGCCUAUCUCAAUUUCGCCGAGUUCACGAUCCAGUGUCUUCAUACUUCCGCUUCUCACUUGAACGACCGCGACCAGCGACUUCCCGCCGACCGCCCGUAUACUAACGGCUACUUCCUUGAUCUUGUAUCGCAGGUUCGACGCUACGCUGCCUUGAUUCGUUCCAACCGUGAGCGGGUUGAAGCAGCCCCGGCCCAGGAGUCUCCAAACUCGAAGGCUGAGAAGAAAGAGCCCGCCUUCGUCCCCACUGCUACUCUGGAAGGCGGAAUGUCUCAAAACGGGAAGCCCGCUGAACUUGUUGUCGUCCAGGAGGACGGCAAGGCUAUCUCAAUGGCCACUGGUCUACCUUAUGAUACGACAACCCCUGCGAGUUUCAAGCGCGCCGUCAGCUUUGACGAGAAGGUUGACGAGGGCGUCCAGCGGUCCAUGGCACGACGCAAAAAGAAUGCUCCUCCUAUGGACAUUAACCAGAAGUGCAACCACUGCGACAAGGUCUUCAAGCGCCCGUGCGAUUUGACCAAGCACGAGAAGACUCAUUCGCGCCCGUGGAAGUGCAGCGAGUCUACGUGCAAGUAUUUCGAAGUCGGCUGGCCGACUGAGAAGGAGCGUGAUCGUCAUGUUAAUGAUAAGCACUCGGAUACCCCUAGCCUCUACAAGUGCCAAUUCCAGCCCUGCACUUAUGCCUCGAAGCGUGAGAGCAACUGCAAACAACACAUGGAGAAGGCCCACGGAUGGGUGUACGUUCGCUCCAAGAACAAUGCCCGUGGCGGUAGUACUGGCAAGCGUGGCUCGUCGGUCCAGGCCACCCCUGGUACCCCAAGUGUGUCCACUCCUGCCUCUCGCUCCGCGGACUUCUCCACUCCCUUCUCGGCACCCAGCGCCUCGCCUCAAGAACCUCCAUUCUUCCAGGACAACGUGCCAUUCAACUUCAAUGAUCCUCCUGUGCCGGUUCGCAGUGACGAUUUCCCUCCUCUUUUCGAAAAUUCUCCUUAUCACACCUCGUCGGUCGGCAUGGGUAACGAGUUUACUUUCCCCACUUCGAUGAACCUCGAUGCUUUCCAAACUCAGUUUGAAGCGGGUGAACCGGAUGGUCUCAUUCCGGCCCUCGAGAUGCAUCGCCAGUCGAUGAAUUCUAUGUCUAUUCCCUCAGCCGACGUCACUUUCGACCUUGACUGGAGCCGAUUGGAUUAUAAUUCCAUGCAAGAGGACGUGCAGGCUCUCAACAUUCAACUGCCCACCCCCAGCUCUGACCACAGCGGACUCAAGCCCUACGUUGACAAUCCCAUGCGCGCCACCAACUAUAUGGGCUACGAGGCUCCCAGCAAGGUCUCCGGACUCUCUCCCAAUGCCCAGGGCAACUUAAUGCUGUACUCCCCGCGAUCGGGCCAGGCUGACGAACAAUACGAUUAUCGAUUCCAGUCUCCUGCUGGCAAUGAUUUCACCCUCUACGAUCAAACGCACCGUAUGAGCAUGAACGCCGGCUCCCACGUCACGCCGCCGAUGACCCAGCAGGCAUCUCCCGGUCAAUACGCCCCGCAGCCCCAACCUGCCCAGCCCAUGUUUCCGCCUCUCGACCGCGAUGCCGCUCUCCAAGACAUAAAGUCGUGGGCUGAACAGUCUCAACAUGGCAGCCAUUACGACCCUUACAUGGGUCCGAAUGGAGAGUACGAAUACAUGAAAUAG